CAUGGGAGACGGUGUCACCCUGCCCCCCGGCAGUGAGUUGGUAUCUCCCGUCGGAAUCCUGGGCCGCAGGUCUAGGAAGUGACUUGGUAUCGCCCGGCGCCAGGCCCGGAUGGUAUCGCCCUAGCCCCCCUCCCCCCCGUGGGCCGCGCACUUGGUCUCUCCCGAGCUCUGGGGCGCGGUCGGCGGCAGCCGCAUCACCGGGGCGGGCGGAUCCCUCCGCCGCUGAGUCCCGGUCGCGCGCAGCGGCCCAGGCCGGAUCCUUCCGCCCCGGGGAGCGGCCCGGAAACGAGUCCCCGGGCCCGGAACGAGGCUGCGCCUGGCAGUGGGGGGGCCCGGACGCCUGGGUCCCGGGCUCGUGCUGACCCCGCCCCCGCAGGUCCCGGCGCGGCCAUGAGCGAACUGGAGCAGCUGCGGCAGGAGGCGGAGCAGCUGCGCGCCCAGAUCCGGGACGCGCGGAAAUCAUGCGGCGACUCCACCCUGAGCCAGAUCACCGCCGCGAUGGACCCCGUGGGGCGCAUCCAGAUGCGGACGCGACGCACCUUGCGAGGCCACCUGGCGAAAAUCUACGCCAUGCACUGGGGCACCGACUCCAGGCUGCUGGUCAGCGCCUCGCAGGACGGGAAACUGAUCAUCUGGGACAGUUACACCACGAAUAAGGUCCACGCCAUCCCGCUGCGCUCCUCCUGGGUCAUGACCUGCGCCUAUGCCCCGUCGGGGAACUACGUGGCCUGCGGGGGCCUGGACAACAUCUGCUCCAUCUACAGCCUGAAGACCCGGGAGGGGAACGUGCGCGUGAGCCGGGAGCUGCCGGGCCACACGGGUUACCUCUCCUGCUGCCGCUUCCUCGAUGACAAUCAGAUCAUCACCAGCUCAGGGGACACCACCUGUGCGCUAUGGGACAUCGAGACGGGGCAGCAGACGACGACUUUCGGGGGCCACAGCGGGGACGUGAUGAGUCUCUCGCUGGCCCCCGACGCCCGGAGCUUCGUGUCCGGCGCCUGCGACGCCUCCAUCAAGCUGUGGGACGUACGGGACAGUAUGUGCCGGCAAACGUUCACCGGGCACGAGUCGGACAUCAACGCCGUGUGUUUCUUCCCCAACGGGAACGCCUUCACCACGGGCUCGGACGACGCCACCUGCCGGCUCUUCGACCUGCGCGCCGACCAGGAGCUCAUGAUGUAUUCGCACGACAACAUCAUCUGCGGCAUCACCUCGGUGGCGUUCUCCAAGAGCGGGCGCCUCCUGCUGGCCGGCUACGACGACUUCAACUGCAACAUCUGGGACGCCAUGAAAGGCGACCGCGCAGGGGUCCUGGCCGGCCACGACAACCGCGUGAGCUGCCUGGGGGUGACGGACGACGGGAUGGCCGUGGCCACUGGCUCCUGGGACAGCUUCCUAAAAAUCUGGAACUAGCCCCCUGCUGCCCCACACCCUGGGGCGAGGCGGCCGCUGGCCCCACCCACAGCAGGGAGGGGGUGUGGCUUUACCUCCUGUCAGCCCCUCUUUGAUGUCUGCCAAUUAUUGUUUGUUUUUCUUCUCCUGAUUGAAAAGAAUGAGAACUAGCCUCCUGAGGGGGUGGGGCCUGUGUCCAUCAGUGACCUUUGACCUGGGGUGGGGCAUGAGGUGAUUGACAGCUGGGGCAGGGUCCUGUCUGCCCCCCAAAACCCCUCCCCCCAGGAAGGGAGGAGGAGUGGCUAAUUGACCCCACCACAGUGUGUGGCUCCUCCUCUGGGGGGUGCACCCCCAGGCUCCUGUUGCCCCCACCACCCGCCUGAGUGGGGCCAGGGGGAGAUCGGCUUCAUUGGGGGGCCCCUGUGGGGAGGUGGGAUGUGGGGUGUAUGGUCCUGACUCUGAGGCAAAGCCAGACACGGGGGGAGCGGGCGCGGCUCCUGUCCUGCCCUCCCCCCCCCCCCCCCGGGCUUCUCUCUCACCCCCUGCUGGGGGUCAUCCUGCUCGCCGGGUGGGGGGAGGGACGUUUCUUCGCUGGGGUGUUGGUAACCAGCUCCCAGCACCAUGUCAAACUAUAAAUGACCAAAACCAAC